AUGAGGAGUGCUCAGUUGCCAUCAAAACUUUCUUCGGCUGCUGGAUCAUGCAAACACUGGGUUGUUUCAGUGCCUAAUAGCAGCGAAAGCUAUAGGUGUUUUUGUUCUCUCAUCGACCGGGCCCUUCAACCGGGUACGUGUCACCCAUAUUCUGUUCGGUUUCGUCUUGAACACCUUCUACCCGCGGACUGGAGUCUUUUACUAGGGUGGUGUCGUCGGUUAACAUCAUGUGGUGGGAGCUUCACUUACACCUCUCCUGGUGACAUCUCCGAGCAAACGGAAAGUGUAGGGGCUGUGGACGAUUCAGAAGGGCACCCGGCAGUGGUGAACGCUGCCUUCAUGCAUGUUGUGGAGAGGUGCCAUGGCGACUUCGUGCCCAACAACAUGAUUUAUCAUGAACUGCAGAGGCGGUACACUGUCUAUGCCCCUGCGUCCCCACCGCCCCCAGAGGGACCCGAGGAUUUUACCUCCUUUCUGGGUGCUCUUCAGGAUAGCGUAUGUGAUGGUUGUUUAGCGUCUCUGUCGGAGGGUGAUGGAAACGUGGGCGAGGACCCACUGGCAAGCCAGGUGCCGUCUUUGGAGGCAACGAAGCACAACCAAAAGGUGCUUGGCGUUGGUGCUGCCGCUUCAAUGGAGAGUGAGGCGCAUCGCCAGCAGGGGGAACUACUUUUUAACUUCUUUCCGCACCGUGUUGUGGUAUCGGAUGGUAUACCGUGCCAUUCCACCCACUUUGUUGUAAUGGUCAACCUUAAACCUGUUGUCCCGUGGCACCUAAUGGUGGUGCCUAUACGUUGUGUUGGCACUUUGUCUGCCCUUAGUGCUGCGGAAAUGGAGGAUUUAGGGCAUAUGAUUCAUCUCACGAUAAGUGUGCUGAGUCACGUGUUGGUGAAGCCCGCGGUGACGGGUACUGGGGACACCAGCUCUAAUGGUGGUAGUCGCGUUGAAAGGGGGUGUAGUCCACACAGUAUCGGUUCUCCUGUACCCGCUUCUGUUGUCGGUGGAGGGGGGUUUAGCAUUGCCAUUCAACAAGGGGAGCUCGCCGGUCAGACAGUUCCGCACCUCCACGUGCAUGUUAUUCCGUUUGACCCGCGCGGUAAGCUUGCGGGUGAACCGGAGGACGAGGAGCAACAGAGGCGGCAACCCCCGCGCACAGGGGCACAAAUGCGGAAGGAAACGGAGUUCCUUAGGCCUCACUUUGUUCGAUUAGCCAAUGAAAAGAACAUGAGAGGAAUCUGCGCAACUUGCGGUUGA